AUGAGCAAUCCCGUUUCUUAUACGGCGCCUCCGGACUCACACACCUCAUGGCGCCAUUUCGGAAUCAGUUCGAUGAGCCUCAGCACUGACGGUGCUCGUCUCUACGCCCUCUGCAAAGACAACACCGUCUACGCCUACUCCACAGCACACCUAGUUCUGGGACACGCCCCUGAACUUGCUUCCAAGACGGAGCCCCCGCGGCGGAAGUACGCAACCGCCCAGGAGGGUCUCGGCCCAAUGUACGGCUUCCGCCACCCGCUCUUCCACGCCACCAGCUUCUACAUCAAGUCCGCCCUGCGGCCGAUGCGCAACGGCCAGUCCGAGCUGCUCGCCGUCGGCAGCAGCGACGGCGGCGCCGUAGUGUUCCCCACCGACGAGCGCUACUUCCAGGAUGACUUCGCCUCCGGCAGGCAGUACAUCCCCACCGUCUCCGAGGCCACGUUCGGCGCCUCCCACGCCACGCGGUCGUCCGCCGCCGCCGGCGGGCGGCCGGGCCUGUUCAGGACGAACAGCAUGACGAACCUGUCGGCGCGGCUCGUCGACACCAUCCCCAUCGUGCGCAACGGCACGCCGCUGAUCCGCGGCCACGACAAGGAGGUGGGCGCGCUGACAUGGACGCGGGACGGCAAGCUGGUCACCGUGGGCGACGACUACAUGAUCCGCUGCUGGGGCGAGGACCGCAGCCAGGCGGCGGAUCUGCGGACCGGUGGCGAGACGGAGGGCAGGAGAUGGGGCUGUGGGUGGGCGGAUGUGGGAGACGACUUUGACGAGGACGAGUGGUGA